AUGUCAUAUAAUCCACUACCGAAUAAAAUAGAUCCAUUUAAUGAUAACAUUUUAAGUAUUGAACAACCAGUUGCAAUACAUAGGGAUUCAUUUGAAGAAGAAACUAUAGUUGAUAAAUCUGAUAAUAAUACAGAUAAUAAUGAAAGAAAAGAAGAUGAAUCAACAAUAAAACAAGACGGUAAUCUCGGUAAAAAAAAAUAUAAUGAUCAAAUUAUUGGAAGUUCAAGCUCAGAUCAUAAUGAAUUAAGUUUAUCAGAUGAUGAAGAAUUAGAUCAAUUUGAUCCAAUACUGUUUAAACAUUCACAAAAUGAAGAAGAAGAUAUUGAUGAAGAUAAUAGAAGUACAACAGAUGAUUAUGAAGAUGAUAUAGAUGAUUAUGGAAAUCAUUAUAAUAUAAAUUUUAAUAAUAAAAAUUAUACAAAAAAUUUAAAAUUUAAAGGUAAUAAAUUAGUUUAUUUUACCAGUGCAUUUGUAAGUUUAUUUGUUGGAUUAUUUGGUUAUGAACAAGGUGUAUGUAGUGGGAUUUUAGCUUUUGAUACUUUUAAUAGAUAUUUUCAUGAUCCAAGUGCUGCAACAAUUGGAGUUGUUAUAUCUAUAUUAGAAAUUGGUGCAAUGAUAAGUUCAAUAUUAGUUGCUAAAAUUUCAGAUAAUUUUGGUAGAAAAAGAACAAUUUUAUUAGGUACAUUUAUAUUCAUGAUUGGUGGAACUUUACAAUCUUUUUGUCCAAAUAUGUUUGUAUUUGCCGUGGGUAGAGUAUUUAGUGGUAUUGGAGUUGGUAUAUUAUCAACAAUUGUUCCAUCAUAUCAAUGUGAAAUAAGUCCAAGUGAAGAAAGAGGAAAAUUAGUUUGUGGAGAAUUUACAGGAAAUAUAAGUGGUUAUGCUUUAAGUGUUUGGGUAGAUUAUUUUUGUUAUUUUAUUCAAGAUAUUGGAGAUACUCGUCAAAAACCUCAUUCCUUUUUAGCAAAUUUAAGUUGGAGAUUACCAUUAUUUGUUCAAGUUGUAUUAGCUUUAAUAUUAUUAAUUGGUGGAUUUUUUAUAGUUGAAAGUCCAAGAUGGUUAUUAGAUAAUGAUAUGGAUCAACAAGGUUUUAAUGUAUUGAGUUUAUUAUAUGAUUCACAUCAACAAAAUUUGAAACCCAAAAUUGAAUUUUUUUUGAUAAAAAAUAGUAUAAUAAAAGAAAGAAAAUUAACUCCAAAACAUGAAAGAACAUGGAAACAUUUAUUUUUAAACUAUAAAAGAAGAAUAUUUGUUGCUUGUUCUUCAUUAAUUUUUGCUCAAUUUAAUGGAAUAAAUAUUAUAUCAUAUUAUGCUCCUUUAGUAUUUUUAGAAGCUGGUUUUAAUCAUUCUGGUGCUUUAUUAAUGACAGGUAUAAAUGGUAUUAUAUAUUUAUUAUCAACUAUUCCUCCUUGGUUUUUAGUUGAUAAAUGGGGUAGAAGACCUAUAUUAAUUACAAGUGGUUUAGCAAUGGGUUUAUGUUUAACUUUAGUUUCAGUAUUUAUGUUAUUAGAUAAAAAUUAUACACCAGUAUUAGUUGCUAUAUUAGUUAUAAUAUAUAAUGCAUCAUUUGGUUUUGGAUUUGGUCCAAUACCAUUUUUAUUAUCUGGUGAAUCAUAUCCUUUAUCAGUUAGAUCAAAGGGUGUAAGUUUAGCAGUAUCAUGUAAUUGGUUAAGUAAUUUUAUUGUUGGAUUAUUUGCUCCAAUAUUGAAACAAAAUAUAAAAUGGGCAAUGUAUUUAUUUCCUGCUGGUUCUUGUAUAAUUUCAGUUAUAUGUGUUAUAUUAUUUUAUCCUGAAACAAAAGGUAUUGAAUUAGAACAAAUUGAUGAAAUUUUUAAUGAUUUUUAUUCAAUAAAUCCAAUAAAUAGAAUUAUUGGAAGUUUUCAAAAAAUUGGUUUAAGAAGAAGGAAGAACCGAAAAAACAAAAAAAAUAAGAUCAAAGAUAAACAAAGUAGACGAUUACAUGCUAAAUAUAAUAGAUUAGAUGAUCAUGAUCAUAAUAAUUUUAUAGUUGAUGAUGAUGAUGAUGAUGAUAAUAAUAAUAAUGAUAAUUUUAAUGGAGGAAGUACUGAUGAUUUAUUUUCAGAUAGAACUCAUGAUGUAAAAGGUAUUGAAUUAGAUAAUUUAAAUAGAAUAUAA